AUGCAACUCAUGUCUGAAAACUGUUUAGAAUUCUUGCAGCAAAUAGCAGAUUUAAUUUUGGGCAGUCCUGCAUUUACAGUUAUUUAUGAGAUAAACAAGAAAGUGAAUGGGAUGUCAACUCACAUAAAGGAAUUUGAGAAUGCUUAUCAGAAAUUAUUAAAAUUCAAGGAGAGCACCAACGUGAAUGGAAGUGAACUCGAUAACCUCUUCGGUACAAAUGAAUUAUAUGUGUACAAAAACAAGUAUUCAUACUUGAUUUACGAUGUGAAGGAUGUACCAUUUAAGGCAUUCCCAGAUUAUAGAUUGAUAUUGGAUCAGUUUAUUUCACUUGCUUACGAUUUUCAAAAAGAAAUAUAUGACAAAGAAAACCUAGUGAGUAUCAUAAGAGGAAUCAAGUCAAGGUUCAUUAAGAACUCAACGAGGAUUUGCUAAGAAAUUAUUCGAUCAUAAGUUACGGAAGUGCUGUCAAGUCAAUGCUGGAUCGAAAUGCCAGAUCAAAUAUAAUACAUGAAUGAUUUGAUCAUAGAUUAGCAUGGUUAUGUUGUGUUGCCAGUUAAAUUGGACAAAAAAAUCAAAUACUACAUUAAGAUCGAAUCUCCAAACAUAGAUAUGAUUACGUUCAGUGAUUAUAUUCAACAAUUAUGGUAGAGACUGACAUACUAAUUGAAGGAUUUGAAGAAUGAGGAGUUCCUGAAACAAAUGCUUGAGGUCAAUUCCCCAAAUAAAUUAUACAUCUAAUUAGAUGGAGAUAGAAACAUAAGAUAUUAGAGUUGCUGUAUCCCUGAUUCUUGGUAUUUCAUGUUGAUCAAGGGAGGUUCAUUGGAAGAUCUCUAAUUGGAGUAAGUGAACAAGCAGAGUCUCAUCCAAAAAAUGCAGGAAUUGAAGUCUUCAGUCAAAGGAGCUGUCAGUGUCUGCCAGAUUUGUUUCAGCGACAAAGCAGUAGAUGUUGAUCUCUUUGCCAAAAGAAACGAAGAGGAUGAGAUUACUGACUAUUACAUAGUGUUUAAUGCACCUAAAAAAAAAUUUGAGGAUGAUCACAGGAUAUCUGCUUAAAUGUCGAGUGAAAGCAAAUUGCAAGAAUUGAGCAAGGCAGCUUUAAUUAAUAUCAAAAUGGAGAAGCUAUCUAAAGCAUGCAUAGUGAUGAGGGAGUAUCUUAAGGUUAAUUUGUCUGAUGAGGAAAUCAUUGAUUUACUGAAAGAGAAAGACAUACUGAAAGAAGUGUAUAAUUAAUAAUCAAUUACUGAUGACAUCAGAUCAUCUUAUGUGAUGGAAUAUUACAAGGCUGAAUCAAUCAAAGAUAUAAAAAAUCCAGUCCAAAGAAGUCAAUAGUAUAUAAUUGAGACUGAACUUACAAACAUCAAAAAAUUCGAUCUUUAUACUCUAGAUGCCAAUGACAUUUCUAAUCUUAGUGACUAUUCUUUUGACAUCACUGUUGUUCAAGACAAACAUGAAUAAUUAAGAUAUACAUGGGCUCUAUUUCAUUUGUGCAAUUUCAUAGAUCUUUAUCAAAUCAACAAAGAAGUAUUUUACUAGUUCACUGUUAUUGUCCAAGAAAAGUAUAGUUAUCGACAGAACCCAUUUCAUAACUAUGAUCAUGGAUUCACUGUUGCUCAUGCUUGUUAUUACAUCAUAAAGAGUAAAAGCAUGAAUCAAUACUUUGAUAAAUUCAUUUAAUUCACUGCUUUACUAUCUGCUUUAUGUCAUGAUAUUGAUCAUACGGGACGUAACAAUCAUUUCGAGAGUCAAAAGUUAUCCAAAUUAGCAUUGAGAUAUAAUGAUGAAUCUGUACUAGAAAAUCAUCAUGCUUCAGUGAUGUUUAAGAUACUUUAAAAAGAAAAAUACAAUAUUCUGAGUUCCCUUAGUUAGGAUCAAUGUUAGAUAUUUAGAAAAUAUGCCAUUGCCAAUAUCUUGGGAACAGACAUGAAGAAACACUUCGAGAUAGUCAAACUAUUGGAACUCAAGUUAUCCAAACUUCCUGAUGAGCCAUUUAUACAAAAGGAAGAAGACAAAAAGUUCCUAUCCAGUGCUAUUGUCCAUACUUGUGAUUUGACCAUGUAAUCUAAAACAUUCAAAAUGGCAUAGAAGUGGUCAAAUCGAAUCGCUACUGAAUUUUCAGAUUAGGUUGCUGAAGAGAAACAACUAUCGUUACCUAUUACUCAGCAUUUCUUACCAUUAGGAACUCCAAAUUUCAAUUAAUUAUUAGCCAAAUAAGAAAUUUCAUUCAUCAAAUUCAUCGUUAAACCUGCCUAUGAUUUAACAGCAUAGGUCUUAUAGACAGGAUUGGAAGUGCCAUUAAAAAAUUUAGAAGACAAUCUUAAAGAAUGGGAAAAUUAGAAAUGAUAAAAUUUAUCAGUUGUUGUAGUAACGAUAAUAUUAUGUAUCCUUUAUA